UAAUUCCGCAUCUCUGAUGAAGGUGUUUUUUUUACUUUCUUACAUAGUUGGACAAGCCACAGCUCGAGCUUGCCGGCGCUAAGCGGCAUCAUUUUUUAUUUUGUUUUGUUUUGUGAAAAUGGCAUCACCACAUGUUCUAGACUUGGCGGUGAUGCCAUUUUUAUCCUGCGGUGAUGGUGUGCUCUGUGCUAGCGAGUAAUUUCUAAUUCAGUUCUUGUUCAUCUAUGCAUGAGUUAAUUUCACCUGCAGGCUAGAAUCCUCAAGGAGUUCCCUAACAGGAUGCUUGUGGCCGUCUCACUCUGCGUGUUCAGCGCACUGCAGUCGUUGGUCAUCGCGGCAGUGGCCGAGAGGGACUUCUCUAGGUGGAAGCUCCGGCUGGAUGUCAGCUUGGUCGCCAUCGCCUACAAUGGUUUUCUGGUCACUGGAGUGGCGUACUACCUGCAAGCGUGGUGUGUGGAGAUGAAGGGCCCCGUCUUCUUCUCAGCCUGGCUCCCUCUCUACUCCGUCUUCACUAUGUUUUGUUCCUCCUUCUUCCUGGGAGAGAUUGUUCACCUCGGCAGUAUGUUGGGUGGGAUCCUGCUGAUUGGAGGACUUUACAGCGUGUUGUGGGGUAAAAGCAAGGAGAGUGAGUUUGCAUCAUGCAGCGGCAUGAAUACGAUAGAUGGUGCACAAGAUGUGCAGGAGCACAGCAAACCUGACGCAGAUAUGGAAGCAAAAUCAGCAGCAGCAGGUGGACAAGUCUGAUGGAUCGCCGAAGCAGUUGACGUGCUGAUUACCUUACACCUUUUUGUUGUGGGAGAUGCCCGAGCCCUUAGACCAUUGCAAAUACUUAGUGCAAUGCACCACCAUCCAUAGUACAUAAAUGCGGUCAUGUGGAUAAUUAAGAAGGGUGCUCGAGUAUUUUUCUUUUUUUUCUAUGAAUAAAUACUCCUAGCAACUUUUGCAAACUUACUCC